AGCCAGCGUCGUCGCGAUGGUGGUGUUGGAGAGCGAGCAAUUCCUGACAGAGCUGACCAGACUUGUCCAGAAGUGCCGGACGUCGGGCAGCGUCUAUAUCACCUUGAAGAAGUAUGACGGUCGAACCAAACCCAUUCCAAAGAAAGGUACUGUGGAGGGCUUUGAGCCCGCAGACAACAAGUGUCUGUUAAGAGCUACCGAUGGGAAAAAGAAGAUCAGCACUGUGGUGAGCUCCAAAGAAGCGAGUAAGUUUCAGAUGGCUCAUUCAAACCUACUGAGAGCUAACAUGGAUGGACUGAAGAAGAGAAACAAAAAGAACAAAACUAAGAAGACCAAAGCAGCAGCAACAGCAGCAGCAACAACAGCAACAGCAGCACCUGCCGCAGCAGCAACACCAGCAACACCAGCAGCAACAGCAGCAACAACAGCAACAGCAGCAGCAACAGCAGCAACAACAGCAACAGCAGCACCUGCCGCAGCAGCAACAACAGCAACAGCAGCAGCAACAGCAGCAACAGCAGCAACAGCAGCACCUGCCACAGCAGCAACAACAGCAACACCAGCAGCAACAGCAGCACCUGCCGCAGCAGCAACACCAGCAGCAACAGCAGCACCUGCCACAGCAGCAACAACAGCAACACCAACAGCAACACCAGCAGCAACAGCAGCACCUGCCGCAGCAACAACAGCAACACCAACAGCAACACCAACAGCAACAGCAGCACCUGCCGCAGCAGCAACAACAGCAACACCAACAGCAACACCAGCAGCAACAGCAGCAACACCAGCAGCAACAGCAGCAACAGCAGCACAGUAA